AUAUUUCUAUGUGUAUUUUACAUUUACGCGUUAUUGAAUUUAACUUCAAAGCUACAGCCUACAACUGUUUUAAAUGACAGUUAGAAUUUUAGUAAUUAACUAUUCAACAAAUUAUUUUGUUUAAACACUUAAGUGCUUUUAGUUGUAUUGAUGGUUUUUGCAUAAUAUACAUUUUUCAAGAACAAAGUAUCUAAUAUGUAUACAAAAGAUUAUAUUUUAUCGACUACAACGUUUUACAAUGAAGAGAAUGGUUCUGAAUUGGCGAAUUUCUUUUCGUUAAGAGAUAAUUCAUCUAAAGAGUGGAACCUAAAAAAUUCUAUUGAGUAUCUUCAAAAAGUUGCCGAAGAUAAUGAACUUGAUUUUGAGGGUGAAAUAAUACUGCACUUAAGUGUCCUUAAAUCAAUAGGAGAAAAAAAAUAUGAUGAUGCUUUUAAAGGACAAUUGGUAAUUUUACAAAACAUUGUUAAAUAUCUUCAAUCUGAUAGUGAAAACUGGAUGGUGCCACUUGCUAAUACAGUUUGUGUUGAUCUUAGAUAUCUAUUAAAUGCGUAUUAUAAAUAUGAGUCCACAAGUAAAAAAUUGAAAAUGGAAAAAUAUAAUGAUUUUCAAAAAAAAUACAUUGAUAUAAUGAUGAUGUAUUUCCGUAUUUGUUCUAAUGACAUCCGAGCUCCAGCACGUCAAUCCAAGCGUUGGACAAUAAUGUUUAUUGUGAAUCAGAUGUUAAAAGUAUACCAUAAAAUCAAAAAAUUUCAUUUGACUACAGGUUUGACUAAAACUAUUUUCAUGUGUCCGGACAAGAAUACAUUUCCAAUAGCGCAUGCGGUUACCUUUUAUUAUUUUACUGGCUGUAAAGAGAUAUUUGAAGGAAAAUUUAAUGAUGCUAGAGAAAAUUUGACAAUUGCAUUUCAAGGCUGCCAUAAAAACUCAAUCAAAAACAAGACGUUGAUUUUGAAAAAACUUAUCCCAUUAAACAUGUUGCAUGGAAUAAUGCCAUCAAAACAUCUUCUCAAUAAAUAUAAUUUGGAUGCAUUUAAAGAUCUGACUGAGUAUAUUAAGAUGGGCAAUGUAAAAAAAUUUAGAGAAUGCAUUGAUGUUAAUGAAGUAUAUUUAAUGAAAUCUGGAAUAUAUUUGUUAUUGCAAAAAUUAAUAAAUCUUGUUUACAGAAACCUGUUAAAAAAAUUUUUCUUAAUAGCUAACAACCAUAUUAUACCAGUUGAGACUAUUACAGUAAUAUUGAAAAAAUUUGAUGAUCCUGAAACAGAUUUUGAAAAAGCACAGUCUUUAUUAGUUAACAUGAUUUACAGAGGAACACUCCGUGGAUAUUUAUCACAUGCUCACAAAAAAGUUGUAUUAAGUAAAAAAGAUCCAUUCCCCACUGGUAAACAAGUUUUUGAUAAAGCUACAAAAUCUAUUAAUGAAAUUGGUCAUAAUUAGUUUAAUUUAAUUGAUGUAACAUGUACGUAUUAUACUAUUAUUUCU